AUGGUCGAUCAUCACCCAGUCCAGACGAGCGCCGUCUUCCUGUGUGGACCGGCAGCGCCGCAACGUACCCUCGUCCCUCCACCAUCUCCUCCUUCGCCGCUUACACCAAGCGCAACCGGACCAGCGACACCCAUUGAGGAAUUCUGCUUGGAUGAUACUCUCUCGGGCUCCUUUGUGGAAGAAGACCCCCGCGUGAAGGAGAGGAUCUCGGGAGCGAUACACGUCCUCAACACUGAAGCGACAUCAUUGCGCAAUCUCACCACAUUGUAUGAGUCAGACCCCAUCAUUGGCGCUGGUUUCAAUUCUGCCAUUGAAGCCAUCACGAGGCACCGAGGUAGGAAGGGCAAGGUGGUCGUCAUCGGUGUGGGCAAGUCGGGACAUAUCAGCAAGAAGCUGGUAGCAAGCUUCAACAGUCUUGGUGUCAAGGCCGUUUAUGUACACCCAACCGAGGCCCUUCAUGGCGAUCUGGGCGAGAUUGGCAAGAAUGACACGGUUCUCUUCAUCACAUUCUCGGGCAAGACGCCGGAAUUACUCUUGCUCCUCCCACAUAUCGACCCAGCUCUUCCCACAAUCGUUCUCACGUCACACACGAGGCCCGAGACGUGCGAGCUGAUCAAGCAACGACCGGGCAUGAUUCUUCUAUCGGCGCCGAUUCACGAGUCUGAGACGGCUUCAUUCGGUGUAUCUGCACCUACGACUUCCACAACCAUGGCAAUUGCAGUUGGCGAUGCGCUUGCGAUUGUUGCUUCGAAAGAACUUCACGCAAGCGUGUCGGCUACCUUUUCACGCAACCACCCUGGAGGUGCCAUUGGUGCAACAUUCCAAAAGCCCUCAAAGAUUGCUGAUCUUGCGACGCCACUCUGUGAAAUCGACUCGAUUUCAUGCCGGAGCCUUCUCGAAGUUCGUGGUGCCGAUGUGAUGAAAGCGGCUUACGACUCAACUACUGGAUGGGUACAAAUCGGCGACCUGAUUGCGUCGCCAAGCCGCAUCAGACGUCUCGAUUCGUCUGAUUUCCUUCAACAGCUCUCUGACUUGCCGGGACUAGGGGCAAGUCGAGAAGAAUGGAUCACAAUGUCGGCCGACACGAGAAUAUCGCAGGCAAAGGAGUGGGUCAGUGACAUGCGAUCAUCACCUGAGGAAGAAUGUGAUGAUCACUCCAUCCUGGCCGUUAUCGAGGGCGACAAUGUUGUUGGCGUGUUAGAGGCUGGACAGCUAUUGAGCUGGCAGGAGUAA